UUUGUAAUGCAAGUAGUACAACUAUAGGAUUCCAUGGAAUCACACACUGCAAAAAAUUUACCCACAAAACACAAAUACCCAACUCAUUGUCUCUCUCACAUUACAUUAUCAUCCAUAUCUCUCAAUAGUACACCAAGAAAAUUUAAAAAACUUUCUCUGCUAAAAAUCUCAUAAAUUUCAACACAUAUUUAUACCCACCAAAAUGCCUGAGCAAGAAGAUGAUAGCAAGUCAAAGGACAGUACUGCAGUUUAUGGUUUUGGUGGUGUUGGAGAAAAUAAUCUGAUGGACAUGGAUCUUGAUCUUGAAAAUUCUUGGUCUUUAGAUCAGAUCUCUUUUCUUUCUAAUAAUAAUCAUCAUAAUAAUAAUUUUAAUAACCCUUUAUCACCUUUUCUUUUAACUUCUUCUGACCACCAGUUACCUUGUUCUCCUCUCUGGGCUUUCUCUGAUGCUGACGAUGAUAAUAACAAUACCAAUAAGUUUGCCACUUCUGCCGCCGCUACUUCCGCCGCCGCUGGUCUUCGUUUCUCCGAUUACCCGUUAUUAGUCGCAUGUAAUCCCAAUUCAGGUACUGAAGCCCCGGCAGUAAGUGAUGAGAAAAAGAAGCUUCCUUCUCCACUUUUGGGAUUGAUGCCAAUUGACAAUCCAGAUGGGUAUUGUAUAAUUAAAGAGAGGAUGACACAGGCUCUCAGGAAAUUUAAAGACUCAACCGAACAGCAUAUUUUAGCUCAGAUAUGGGCCCCUGUGAAGAAUGGGGGACGGUAUGUGCUGACAACUUCGGGGCAACCCUUUGUAAUUGAUAGUCAUAGCAAUGGACUUCAUCAAUAUAGGAUGGUCUCUGCAAUGUAUGUGUUCUCAAUGGACGGGGAGAGUGAUGGUGAACUUGGGCUUCCUGGCCGUGUUUUCCAGCAAAAAUUGCCAGAAUGGACUCCCAACGUGCAGUAUUACUCAAGCAGGGAGUAUUCACGGCGUGAUCAUGCUCUCAGUUACAAUGUACAGGGCACUGUGGCCUUGCCAGUCUUUGAACAUUCAGGGCAGCACUGUGUUGGUGUUCUCGAACUGAUAAUGACUUCACAGAAGAUUAACUAUGCACCUGAGGUUGAUAAAGUCUGCAAGGCACUUGAGGCAGUAAACUUAAAAAGCUCAGAAAUGUUGGAUCAUCCAACUGCACAGAUUUGUAAUGAAGGUCGUAAAAAUGCAUUGGCAGAAAUAUUGGAGAUAUUGACAGUAGUUUGUGAAACUCACAAAUUAGCUUUGGCUCAGACUUGGAUUCCAUGCAUGCAUCGCAGUGUUCUAGCUUAUGGUGGCGGAUUUAAGAAGAGCUGUACGAGCUUCGAUGGUAGUUGCAAUGGCCAAGUUUGCAUGUCCGCAACCGAUCUCGCAUCUUAUGUUGUGGAUCCUCAUAUGUGGGGUUUUCGGGACGCCUGUCUUGAGCAUCACUUGCAAAGGGGCCAAGGUGUUGCCGGGAGGGCCUUUUUGUCCCACAGUGCAUGCUUCUGCCAAGAUAUUACCCAAUUCUGCAAGACUGAUUACCCCUUGGUACACUAUGCGCGCUUGUUUGGAUUGACUGGUUGUUUUGCAAUCUGCUUGCGGAGCAGUCAUACUGGUGAUGACGAUUAUGUUCUUGAAUUUUUUUUGCCUACUACAAUCUCAGAUAGUUUUCAACAGAAGGCUUUGUUGGGCUCCAUAUUGGCAACAAUGAAGCCGCAUUUCCAGAGUCUUAAGGUGGCUUCUGGAAUGGACCUUGAUGAGGAGGAGGGAUUCGUUGAGAUUAUUCGUACUUCCGCAAAUGGCAGGGUGGAUUUAAGCCUUGAAUAUGUUCGAAUACCCCAGUCUCCAAAAUCUCCACCUGAUGCCAACGCAUUGCCAAUUGAAGAUACCCAGAUGCAAUCAAGGAAAAACCCGUUAGUGGAGGACUUGGAUGUUGUAGAUAAUGAAUGUAAUCCUGGUCAUGCAGAGGGAAGCCACACUCUUAAUCUUCUGGAGAACAAAGGGACCAAAAAGACGUCAGGGAAACGUGGGAAAACUGAGAAGACAAUCAGUCUAGAGGUUCUCCAACAAUAUUUUGCUGGGAGUCUUAAAGAUGCUGCGAAGAGCCUUGGUGUUUGCCCUACUACAAUGAAGCGGAUCUGUAGGCAACACGGGAUUUCUCGCUGGCCAUCUCGAAAGAUCAACAAGGUUAAUCGAUCCCUUUCCAAGUUAAAGCGAGUGAUUGAAUCUGUCCAAGGUGCUGAAGGAGCAUUUGAUUUGACACCCCUUGCUACAAGUCCACUUCCUGUUGCUGUUGGUUCUAUUUCUUGGCCUUCAAAUCUAAAUGGAUGCACUCAACAAAACUCACCAAAUUGUAAAUCCCCUGAGCCUCAUGUUGAAAAGAUCGGGUCACCCAUAUGCAAAACGCCAGAGAGCGAUGGAAGGACUGGGACUGUGGAUCAUCUAGGAAGUAGAAUACUGAGUCGAGAAGAACUAUUCCAUCAAAACGGGUUUUCGCCAGAGUUAGGCCAAAGCUCUAAGAGAAUAAAAGCAGGGAGUGGCUCUAGAGAAGAGAGUGUUGGGACUCCCACCUCUCAUGGUUCAUGCCAAGGCAGUCCAGCAAAUGACAGCAUGCCUGCAAAGGAUGCAUCGUUUUCUCCUGCACGCGAACAAUGCAGUAAAGCCAUUGGCUCUCCUGAAUUGACAUAUCAAGCCAAAGGAGAAACAAAUAUGACAUCUCCAUACUUGAUUCCAGAUGCUCUUGUGGCUCGAGAGCCUUUUCGAGAAAUGUUGAUUAGGGAUGCUGGGAGUUCAAAAGAUUUGAGAAAUCUCUGUCGUGCAGUAGCAGCAGACGUGUUUGUAGACGAGCGAGUUCCAGAAUCGAGUUGGACAAAUCAUCCUUCUCAAGAUUUACCUUCCCCACAAGUAAUGGCUGCUCUCGAACACGCAACGGCCAUUGUAGCAACCAGGCAAGAAAUGAAGAGCGUAACCAUAAAGGCAACUUACAGAGACGAUAUAAUAAGGUUCCGUAUCGCUUUGAGUUGCGGGAUAGUGGAGUUGAAAGAGGAAGUGGCCAAGAGGCUGAAGUUGGAAGUAGGUACAUUUGAUAUCAAAUACUUAGAUGAUGAUCAUGAAUGGGUUUUGAUAGCUUGCGACGCAGACCUUCAGGAGUGUAUUGAUAUCUCAAGAUCAUCAGGCAGCAACAUAAUCAGACUAUCAGUUCAUGAUAUGAGUACCAUUCUGGGAAGCUCAUGUGAGAGCACUGGUGAGUUAUGAUUAGUUUGUACAUACAUCAGGUUAGAGUUGGUAGGAUUCAGGAAAUUGAAUGAAUCUAUAGAUUUUGGUUCCAAAAAGUUGCUUGAAUUGUAAGAAACUUUCCAUGGAAUUGUAGAAAUCCCCACUUCUUUGUAUUUGUGAUAGUGACUGGUAUAAAUUCAUCAUCCCAGUCAAUAUAUAUAUUUAUGUAUAAGCAGUUUUGUUGUAA